ACAGAAGAUACGGUUGCAAAAUCUUUAUCUGCGUUUACUUUUAUAAAUGUAACAAUUGCAAUUCAAUUUUUAUUUGAUAAAAUUGAUACAUUGCGUCAUAAUUUUGCCCUCAACGUAAAUCAUGUUGCAAUUUCGGUUAUCGUGUUGGCCUUUAACAUAUUCCAGUUGCCCCCAAGAGCGAAAAAUAGUUAAGUUGUUCUACAACCAGUGGAACAUACAGAUGUUAUAUUUUGUCUAAUUAGAAAUAUGAAAAUUUCCUUGUAAAAUGACUACAGAUAAAGCCAAAAUCAUGGUCUCGAAUUGUGACGCACAACUCAAAUCUAAAAUCGAUGAAUGGCUCGAUUGGGAUAAGAACGAAGAAACCCGCGCUAAACUUCAAAAACUGGUGGACGAAAAUAAUGUCGAAGCGUUACAGAAGAAAUUAUUAUCAAGACUUUCAUUUGGCACUGCUGGUUUGAGGGGUCUCAUGGAUGUCGGCUACUCUUGCAUGAAUGAUUUGGUUAUAAUCCAAACAGCUCAAGGCUUUCUAAAGUUCUUAGAAGUGGCGAGAAGGGAAUUGUUGGAUGAGAACGGUAUUAUUAUUGGAUAUGACGGGAGAUAUAAUAGCAAGAGAUGGGCCGAGAUAACUGCUACUGUCUUUGUGCAAGCUGGAUUUCCCGUAAAGCUUUUCGGCGAUGUUUGUCCCACACCUUUGAUCCCAUUUGCUGUACGCAGAUAUAAAUGUGCUAGUGGAGUGGUCGUGACUGCAUCACACAAUCCAAAAGACGAUAACGGAUAUAAGGUAUACGAUUCAAACGGUGCGCAAAUUAUCGGACCGGUCGACAAAGAAAUCCAGAAAUCUAUUCUGCAAAAUCUUAAACCCCUCGCGUCUUCGUGGGACACGCAUGUUUUAAAAGACAACAAACUGUUAACCGAUCCUCAACAGGACGUAGAGGAAGCUUAUCGCAAGUUGAUCAUAGAGGAUGAAAUCUUGGCGGAGCACAGAGCUCUCAAUAAGCAGACUGGACUAAAAAUUGUGUAUACCGCGAUGCACGGAGUUGGAUACAAAAUCACUCAGGUUAUAUUCGACUUUAUUGGAGCCACGAUUACUCCAGUUCCAGAGCAGAGAGAUCCUCACCCCGACUUUCCAACAGUGAAGUUCCCGAAUCCCGAGGAAGGUAAAAGUAGUCUGGACUUGGCAAUCAGGACAGCGGAAGCAAAUAAAUCGCCUUUAAUUUUUGCGCACGAUCCCGAUGCCGAUAGAUUUGCUGUUGCCGAGAAGAAUUCGAGGACCGGGGAGUGGAAAAUUUUUAGCGGGAACGAACUCGGCGCGAUAUUCGGGUACUGGUUGUUAUACUGUUUUCAGAAGAAAUAUCCGGAAGAGAAACUGAGCAACACUUUUAUGAUCUCGAGUACCGUUAGCUCAAUGAUUCUGAAAACGAUGGCCAAGGCGGAAGGGUUUAAUUUCGUUGACACCCUUACUGGGUUUAAGUGGAUUGGGAAUAAGGUCCUAGAUCUAGAAGCAACGGGCAAGAAAGUGAUAUUCGGAUUCGAAGAAGCUAUAGGGUUUAUGUGCGAUCCCAAAAUCGUCGACAAAGAUGGAAUUUCCGCAUCCGCACAUUUCGCGUGUUGUGCAUCGUACAUUUAUAGCAAGGGACAGCAAAUAGUCGACAAAUUGGAGGAAAUCUACUCAAAAUAUGGUUACCAUAAGUCCUUAAACUCUUACUAUUUCUGCGACAAUCCUGCUAUAAUCAGGAGAAUUUUCGAACGCAUUAGAAACUGGGACGGCUGUAAAGAUACUUAUCCCGGUGGUGUCUUGCACAAUCGAUAUAAAAUCAUCUCCAUAAGGGAUUUAACGACAGGUUACGACAACACACAACCCGGGAACAGGGCAAUUUUGCCGGUCUCAUGUAGCGCUCAGAUGAUCACUUUUGUGUUCGACAAUGGUCUGCACUGUACUUUAAGAACGAGCGGGACAGAACCAAAAAUUAAAUAUUACACGGAGUUGUGUAGCAGCCCCGACGUGACUGAUCAAUCUGUUAUCGAGAAAACUCUCAGAGAAACGGUGACCGCAAUUUGUGAGGAGUUUUUGGAACCGGCGAAGAACAGUUUAAUUCCACAAAGCGAUUGAUGAACCCAUUAGUCACGAGAUUAGCAAAUUUUCUUAACUUAUUACUAAUUUAUUGCACAUUCCAAUUCUUGUUUUUGUUACUUAAAUAAAGUGUG